AUGGAUGUUGCAGCUCUCCGAGACCGCAUACAGGCUACGCUCGAUAGCAAUGCGGAUACUCGACGACAAGCAGAGAUAGACUUGAAAUAUGCAGAGAACCAACCCGGUUUCGCAAAUGCGCUCCUGGAUAUUCUGCAGGCCGAACAGGUUAAUGCUGUUCAACUAUCAGCCGGUGUUUAUCUAAAGAACCGCGUUACUCGGGGUUGGGCGCCCGUGGAGGAAAAUCCCCUCCGAAAACCCAUCCCUGAAGAUGAGCGACCAGCUUUUCGCGAACGUCUCAUCGCGGUCCUCGCAUCGUCGCCCCCCAACGUUCGCGCUCAGCUCGUUCCUAUCCUCCAGAAGGUUCUCCAAUAUGAUUUCCCGGAGAAGUGGCCCGGGUUUUUGGAGAUUACACUCCAACUGCUAGGCACGAAUGAUGCCAACUCGGUAUUCGCGGGGUUGCAGUGUCUCCUUGCCAUCUGCCGUGUAUACAGGUUCAAGGCGGGAGAUAACAGGGCGGACUUUGAUAAGAUCGUUGAGCACUCGUUCCCGCAGCUCCUCAACAUCGGUACGAGGCUGGUUGACGAGGAAAACUUGGAGGCCGCGGAAAUGCUCCGGAUAGUGGUGAAGGCGUACAAGCAUGCUAUCUAUUUUGAGCUCCCACCGCAUCUGAAAUCUCAUCAGGGCACGGUCGAUUGGUGCACCCUGUUCCUGAGAAUUAUUGCCAAGACACCCCCGGCGAAUGCAAUGGGCGAGGACGUGGAGGCAAGAGAGCUCAACCACUGGUGGAAGUGCAAGAAGUGGUCCUACGCAAACCUCAACCGUCUCUUCAUCAGAUAUGGAAACCCCACUACUAUUACCAAGACAAGUGCCCCUGAUUAUACCCAAUUCGCCAAGUCGUUCAUCACUACGUUCGCCCCAGAGAUCCUCAAGGGAUACCUGCAAGAAAUUGACAAGUGGGUGUCGAAGGGCCAGUGGCUGAGCAAGCCUGCUCUUUCCUACACCCUCAUCUUCCUCGAGGAAUGUGUCAAGCCGAAGGCGAUGUGGGAUCACCUGAAGCCGCACAUGGAGAACUUGAUUGCUCACCUUAUCUUCCCCAUUAUGUGCCAGUCCGAUGAAGAUAUCGAGCUCUUCCAGACCGACCCCCCAGAGUACCUCCACCGAAAGCUGAACUACUACGAAGAGGUUUCCUCUCCAGACGUUGCAGCGACGAACUUCUUGGUGGCGCUCACCAAGAGCCGAAAGAAGCAGACCUUCGCGAUUCUUACAUUCAUCAAUGGCAUCGUUAGCAGAUAUGAAUCCGCCCCGGAUGACCAGAAGCAACCGCGAGAGAAGGAGGGCGCUCUGAGGAUGAUCGGUUCGCUCGCCUCCGUCAUCCUUGGUAAGAAGAGUCCUAUCGCGGAGCAAGUCGAAUAUUUCUUUGUGCGACAUGUUUUCCCCGAGUUCCGCAGUCCCCAUGGGUUCCUCCGUGCCCGUGCGUGCGACACCCUUGAGAAAUUUGAGCAGCUGGAUUUCAAGGACCCGAACAACCUCAUGGUCAUUUACAGAAAUAUCUUGGAGUGUAUGACCGACCCCGAGCUCCCUGUCAGAGUCGAGGCCGCCCUUGCUCUCCAGCCUCUGAUCCGACACGACGUCAUUCGAACUUCUAUGCAGCAGAACAUCCCCCAAAUCAUGCAGCAAUUGCUCAAGCUUGCCAACGAAGUCGAUGUUGAUGCUUUGGCCAACGUCAUGGAGGACUUUGUAGAGGUCUUCUCGACUGAGCUCACACCGUUUGCCGUCGCACUCAGCGAGCAGUUGCGCGACACUUAUAUGCGCAUUGUUGGAGAGCUGUUGGAGCGUAACGCCACCAAGGGCGAUGAGGAAGGCUACGGUGAAUUCCUGGAUGACAAGAGCAUUACCGCUCUCGGUGUCCUCCAGACCAUCGGUACUCUCAUCCUGACUCUGGAGAGCACACCUGACGUGCUCUUGCAUCUGGAGACCAUCCUCAUGCCAGUCAUCACUAUCACUCUUGAGAAUAAGCUUUACGAUUUGUACAAUGAGAUCUUUGAGAUCAUCGACAGUUGUACAUUUGCCGCCAAGUCCAUUUCUCCGACAAUGUGGCAGGCGUUUGAGCUCAUUCACAAGACAUUCAAGGCGGGUGCUGAGUUAUAUUUGGAAGAUAUGCUACCGGCCCUUGACAACUUCGUCACCUAUGGCGCAGAGAACCUGGUCCAGAACCCAGCUUAUCUCGCUGCCAUCGUCAGCAUGGUGGAAGAUAUUUUCCACGACGACAAAGUGGGCGGUGUCGACAGAAUAUGCGGCUGCAAGCUUGCGGAGACCGUCAUGCUCAACCUUCGCGGCUAUGUUGACCAGUAUAUUCCUGUCUUCAUCGAGCUUGCAAUGAACGUUAUCAACAACGGCGAGGCGAGGACUAAAUCUUAUAGGAUCCACCUGAUGGAGAUGGUCAUCAACGCUAUUUAUUACAACCCACUGCUUGCCAUCCAAGUACUUGAGGCCAAGGGCUGGACGAACAAGUUCUUCAGCGCCUGGUUCUCCAACAUCGACAACUUCAGAAGGGUUCACGAUAAGAAGCUGUCAAUUGCGGCUAUCAGCGCGCUUUUGACCAUCAAAGCAAGCGAUGUCCCUCCCAGUGUCCAGCAGGGAUGGCCCAGAUUGUUGCAGGGUUUAACAAGGCUCUUCCAGACUCUCCCCGCCGCUAUCAAGCACCGCGAGGAGGCCACCCAGGAGUCCGAUUUCACCCUUGAUGAUGAAGGAGAAGAGUUUGACGAGGAGAAUGACUGGGGUGAGGUUGAGUGGACGGAAGGAGACGAAGCUGAGGGAGGCCUGGAUGGAGAUGUCGCUGACGAGAGCGCUGCAUACCUCGAGUUCCUCAACCAGGAGGCUCAGAAGUUUGGCUCUUUCGCCGAUGAUGACGACGACGACGAGCUCGAUGAGGAGAGCCUUUUGGAGACACCACUGGACAAGGUGGAGCCGUAUGGCAUGUUCAAACAUGUCCUGAUGAACCUUCAACAGGAGCAACCCGAACUAUAUGAGACGCUUACGAAGAUCCUGAACCCGGAGGAGCAACAGAUCAUCCAAGGAGUCAUCCACGAAGCGGACGCAAAGGCUCUGGCCGCUGCAAACGCGGAAGCUGCUGCUGGUAUGCAGGCCAACGGCGUCAGCCAAUAA